GACGGCGCGGCGGUGAGGUCAUGACACCGCGGCCGCCGCCGGCCGUGACCUCCGUGACCCUGGUGACCCUGGUCGGCCUGGCGAGCCUGCUCGACCUCGGGUCAGCCCGUUGCCCGGGCCAGUGCCGCUGCGACCGCAAGAUCUCCGACUGCAGCCACGCGCGCCUCGACACCGUGCCCAUCAUCCUCAAUCCGCGCAUUCACAUCCUUCGACUUCAGGGCAACAACAUCGGUAGCAUCGAGGACACGCUCGGCUUCUACGCGCACCUGCUUGAGCUGGACCUGUCCAACAACAGCCUCGACUCGCUGCUGGAGCAGCAGUUUGUGCGACAGGGCGACCUGCAGCGACUGAACCUGAGGAAAAAUCGCGUCACUGGCCUGAUGCGCUCCACGUUCGAAGGACUUGACAGGCUCACAGAGCUGGACCUCAGCGACAACAUGCUUACCACGCUGGAGGCAGGCGUCUUCAAGUGGAUGGAACGUCUGAAGCACCUCAACCUAGCGAGGAACAGGAUACGAAUGAUAUCCCGCGACGCUUUUGAAAACGUUUACGAGCUGCUUACUCUGGAGCUUGGGGAGAAUGACAUCAGCCACGUGCCGUCAGAUGCCUUCCGUCAUCUGGGGACCCUCCGCGUUCUGCGCAUUGGUCACAACAGUCUCCAAGAAGUGCCUUUCCAUGCUUUCUUUAUGCUCCAAUCGUUGCGCAACUUGACGCUUGCCCAUAACCGUAUUUACCGGAUACACCCCGAGGCGUUCGCGGAUCUCCUCGAGCUGCGUCGUCUGGAUAUCGGCUUCAACGAGCUGGACAAGUUCCCAGCCACGUCCCUGGCUCUCCCAGGUCUGGAGGUGCUGCACGCCGGGGGAAAUCGCUUCUCCUCGCUACACGUGCAUCAUAUGGACAGUCUGCAUCGGCUGCGCGUUCUCCGAGUCUGUCACAGCCAGGAGCUGUCCUCAGUGACGGGACAUAUCUUCAGCAACAACCUCCUCCUGGAGGAGGUCCACCUGUGCGAGAACCCGCAGCUGACGUGGUUUCCCCCGGCGGUGGUAAACACGCUGCCUAACCUCAAAGUGCUUAAUCUCGGCGGCAACAGCCUGGGCACGCUGGAGAACAUGACGUCGCUGCUCCAGCGCGUCGAGGCCUUCAACGUGAGCGGGCAAUCCCCUAUGCUCUCCCCGAUCCGCUGUGUGGACUCGGGCCGCCUUCUGACUGAGCUCAGCGAAGCCGACCUCGGCUGCGGCACGUGGCUCGCACCACUGCUCGUCGCCGUCGCCGCGUUCGUGCUCGUCUUCUGCGCCAUAUUUGUCGCCCUGCUGCUGCUGCGCAGGCGGCGGCGGCGCGAUCGCCAGCUCACGUGCAUCCGGGACGUGCGGAGCUACUCGAACCAGUGGGAGGACAUGCUGAGCGACGCCGACGACGUCAAGGGCAGCCGCGUGUUCGGCGAUGAGGUGAAGGCGAGCCGGAUGUUCACGCAGGUGGAUCCGGACUACGGCUCGCUGUCCAGGCUCGAGCACUUCACUUUCCAAAGUCCCGAGCACCAGAAGAAGAUUCCCGUGACGGUCGUGUGA